AUGUGUCGAGAGAUUAUUUCAAACAUGCAUGGUCUGGAUAGCGGCCCCAAGAACACCCCAGGCCCCCUCUUUAAGCGGAAACAGGCGGAGGAAUGGUUGUUUUAUCAAGACCAAGUCAUACGGCGUGUUACGGCUACGAUCCACCAGCUGAAUACUCCUGAGGGAUAUCAGCUGACUCGACGUCCAUUUCGCGUUACGUGGUUCUUGAACCAGCUUGCUAUAUGUCUUAUGUUAUGGAGAAAUGAUCGAUCGCUUGACGACGCGCUCAAGCUCGCGAAAUCCAUCUUGCAAAUUGUAGAUGUGAUGAAUGCGUUGUGGGAAUGUCCAGCCAAUCAGCAGCACAGCGACGCGCUCCGUCAACGGUUAACAGAAGCAUGUAGGAUCACUGCUCUUGAACCGCCGCUCCCAGCUAAUUAUUCAGUUCCUUCUUUCGUUCGUCCUUCGGGUUCGGGUUGA